UACUCUGCACCCCGAGUCAGAAUUUCUCUCUCUCUUUCUCUAUUUAUAGGCUCAUCUUCAGCUGCAUGUCAUCUGCAAUCGCCAAGAUGAUCUACAACAAGGAGAUCGUCCACUCCAGCCACCCUCAGCACCGGCUCAAGUUUGAGUUCAUGGAGGUGCCCUUCAGGUGCGAUGGCUGCAAGGAGGCCGGCAUUGGGUGCAGGUACAGGUGCGAGCUGUGUGACUUCGACCUUCACAAGUGCUGCGCCGUCCCCAGCCAGCCCAUUUCCCACCCCAAAUGCAGCUUCCAAUUCUUCACCAGUUCGCCCGACAACACCAUGCGCUACUGCAAUGCCUGUGGCAAGGACGUGCUGGGCUUCGUCUACCACUGCCGCCUCUGCGGCUUCGAUCUGCACCCCUGCUGCUACAACCUACCUCACAUGCUUGACGACGGCGACGUCAAGCUCUACCUGCACAAGAAGGUCUCCUCCGCCUGCCACCGCUGCGGCCGGAAGGGGCCGAGUUGGUCCUACCGGAGCGCCUGCAAAAAGUACCACCUGCACGUCUCCUGCGUGAAGGAGAUGUUGGCAGGAUAUGUACUACUCCAACGGAAAGAGGAGCUUGGAGUUGUACACUGCGAUUCCUAGUCUUAAGGGAAGGGUACGCUUCAGAAUCACCACAGGAGUAGGAGGGGGAAAGUGCGCAAGUUCUGCGAGAUGGUGGGGCUAGCUGUCAAGUUCAUUAUCUCGGCCGUUUUAGGGGAUCCGACGGCCAUGAUUGCUGGGGUCAUUGGAUCUCUCAUGUCCAAAUGA